GGGGCCGGGCAGGUCGGUGCGGCGGGGCGGGCGCGGUCCCGCUCUCGGCUCGGUCCGGCUCGGCUCGGCCCGGCCCGGCCCGGCCUGGCGCGGCGCUGCCCCUGCGGGGGGGCGGAGGCAGGUUUUCAGGAUGAAUCUGGAAAAACUCAGCAAACCAGAGCUACUGACGCUGUUUAGCAUUCUCGAGGGAGAAUUAGAAGCAAGAGAUCUUGUCAUUGAGGCUUUAAAGGCCCAGCACAGGGACACAUUCAUCGAGGAGCGCUAUGGGAAAUACAACAUCAGUGAUCCACUGAUGGCUCUGCAGAGAGACUUUGAGACACUGAAAGAGGGGAACCAUGGUGAAAAGCAGCCAGUAUGCUCCAAUCCUUUGUCUAUUUUGAAAGUGGUGAUGAAACACUGCAAGAAUAUGCAGGAGAGAAUGUUAUCCCAACUGGCUGCUGCAGAAAGCAGGCACAGAAAGGUGAUCCUGGACCUGGAGGAGGAGCGGCAGCGGCACGCGCAGGACACGGCCGAGGGGGACGAUGUCACCUACAUGCUGGAGAAGGAGCGGGAGCGGCUCACCCAGCAGGUGGAGUUUGAAAAGUCCCAAGUGAAGAAGUUUGAGAAGGAGCAGAAGAAGCUGUCGAGCCAGUUGGAGGAGGAAAGGGCACGCCACAAGCAACUGUCAUCCAUGCUUGUUGUGGAGUGCAAGAAAGCCACUGCCAAAGCAGCUGAAGAGGGCCAGAAGACAGCAGAGCUGAGCUUGAAAUUGGAAAAGGAGAAGAGUAAGGUGAGUAAACUGGAAGAGGAGCUGGCAGCCAAGAGGAAGCGGGGCUUGCAGAUGGAAGCACAAGUAGAAAAGCAGCUCUCAGAGUUUGACAUUGAAAGAGAGCAGCUGAAAGCUAAGCUGAACAGAGAAGAAAACCGUACAAAAGCACUCAAAGAAGAGGUGGAGUGUCUGAAGAAAGCCCUGAAAGAGCUGGAGGCUUCCUGCCAGGAGCACAGUCCCCCCAAGGCCGUGCACCCCAACCCCUCGGUGACGUCCAGGGGGGUCACAACUGACAGUCCCGCAGUGAAGUCAGUGUCCUGCCAGACCGAGGGCCUGCAGGCAGAGCGAGCAGCCCCUGCCAGCGCCAGCAGAGCUGCCCACGCCGUGUUUGCCAGCGCCCCUGCCCCUGCUCACUCCUAUGCAAAGUCCAACGGGCACUGUGACACAGACGGGCCGAUGGCUGGGGACACGCAUGCUGCAGAGAGCCCAGCUCACAGGGAGAAGCCUGCCGCAGCCCCCGAGGGUGCAGUGGAGAAUGGGAGCUCCCCUGCAAGAACAGAGUCCCCGGUGCACCAGCUCCCCUCCGCUGGGGCGUCCCUGUCCCCCAGCAGCACAGCUGCCUCCUCCCUCACCCCGUCUCCCUGCUCCUCCCCAGUGCUGGCCAAGCGCCUGGUGGGAGCCUCUGCCGGCAGCCCUGGCUACCAGUCCUCCUACCAGGUGGGCAUCAACCAGCGCUUCCACGCGGCCAGGCACAAGUUCCAGUCCCAGGCCGAGCAGGAGCAGCAGCCCGGGGGCCUGCAGAGCCCCCCGUCCCGGGACCUGUCCCCCACGCUGGCCGACAACUCGGCGGCCAAGCAGCUGGCGCGCAACACGGUGACGCAGGUGCUGUCCAGGUUCACCAGCCAGCAGGGCCCCAUCAAGCCCGUGUCCCCCAACAGCUCCCCGUUCGGCACGGACUACCGCAGCCUGGCCGGCGCCGGCAGCCCCAGGGCCGAGGCCGGGCACUGCCCCAGCCCCGCCAAGGGCUCCAGCCCGCUCAGCCCCCUGUCUCCGGGGAUCAAGUCUCCCACCAUUCCUCGGGCCGAGCGGGGGAACCCUCCGCCCAUCCCUCCCAAGAAGCCGGGCCUGGCUCAGUCGCCUGCUGCUGCUGCUGCUGCUGCUCCCCUCAGCAAAGGCUCCUCCCUGGGUGCCCCCGUGGACGUGGCCAGCAGCUGCUCCAGCAGCUCUGUCGUGUCAAAUGGCAAGGACCUGGAGAUCCUCCUGCCAAGCAGCAGCUAGUCUCCAGAAAACGGGAAUGUGACAUUCCGCAGCUUAGCUUACCCUGCAGCUAAGACACUGUUUUUCCACUCCAUGUUAUUUAUUUCCAUAGUAGCAGAUUCUGUCUGUAUAAAGCAUUUAGUAUAUUUUUUUUUCCUUUUUUAAUAGGUAGGAAAAUAUUUUUGUUUAUGAAGAAACCUUAACUACAGCUAUACAGUAGCCUCCAAAUGUCUCAUGGCAGCAGUCAAAUCAUUAGAGAUAACAACCAUAAUCAUGUGGUGGGACCUAUCAACCUCUAAUGGGACUGAAAUGCUACUUUUAAAUUAUGCAGAAAUAAUUUUUGCAGACUUUUUAUUCCAGAUGAACAUUUUAUAAAAGUGCCUGAACUAAGCCUGCAAUAUGAAUGUGAUUCUCGGGAAAAGGUGAGGAGGGGAACAUCUAGCUGCAGAAGCAAAUUCUUCUGAGUCCUGAAUGUUGAAACCAACACUGGUUUUCCUUUUAAUUCUUUCCAUUUGCUAAGGUAAGUUAGCAAAUGUGCUACAGAUUCUGCCAGGUGAGCACCAGACUGGUGCAGCCAGCCAGGCUGUGUCCUUCAGGACACAGCUCCAGCUAUUUGAGGAAGCACACAGGAAUUUCUUGGGAUAAAAUUUAGUUGUGUUAUCAUCCAGGUUACUUCUCUGUCCAUAUAGUUCUUUCUGCUUUCCUGCCAAGAUGCCUGUGUGCUUUACAUGGCUCAGCUCUGGUUUCUGGUGUAUCACCUGUAAUUUUCAAGCUCUUCAAGCAUUCUACUGUUGUGUGUAGAACUUCUGAGAAAAGGAUCUUUCUGUUACUUGGCAAAGAUCUCACUAUUACUUGAAAAAGUAACUCAUCCAUCCAGUACAGGUUUUUUGCAAUACCUGUAAAUGGGAUCUUCAACUUUAAACAAUAGCAAUAAUUUUGUUCCCCAUCUGUGUCAGUUAAGUCUGACUGACCUGGAUUUUACCCACUAGCUGUGGCUAGCUUUCCUUGGCUGCAAAUAUGGAACCAAAUCAUUGCUGCUGUGGAAUUAAAUAUGUGGAUAUGUGUGUCACACACAUACAUGCUAAACACACAGUGUGUUAGGGAAGUAUUUAUCUCUUCUUGAUCUUCUGCCUCAUAGGAAGAAAACAUGGCAAUUCACUGAUAUUUUAAAAAAUUCCUUAGUGAGGAAUUGCCUAAGUUUGAGGCAGAUCAUGUGUGUGCAGAAGUAUUUGGACCCAGAAGAAGCAGGUGGUUCCUGUGCAGAAGUGUUUGCUGCAGGAGAACCAACAGGCCCAGCACAGUGGUUUUCUGAGUCAUUGUGCUGAGAAACCCAGGACAAACAGCACAGAUCAGUGGCACAGGCUGAGAGCACAACCCCGAGUGAAUGAUCUCGGUGUUGGACGGGACCUGAUCCUAAAUUUAGGAACUGGACUUGCUGCUCGGUGCCAUCCAGCGUGGAGCCCUUCCCUGGGCAGCACAGUGGUGUUUGCACAGCUCCCGGUGCCAGAGACACGUUAUCCUUGGGGAAUUCUCACUGUUCCAUUAGGCAGGACCCCUCUGUGUGGGGAGGAUCCCUGUGCCAUCGAGGGGCAGAGCUGUGCCAUGGCCAGAGCUGUCCAUUGCAGAGAGGUUCCCGUGCUCAGAGGUUCCUUUGGGCUUGAGCCUUUUGUGCUGUGCCAUGGAGGGGCAGAGCUGUGCCAUCGAGGGGCAGAGCUGUCCAUUGCAGAGAGGUUCCCGUGCUCAGAGGUUCCUUUGGGCUUGAGCCUUUUGUGCUGUGCCAUCGAGGGGCAGAGCUGUCCAUUGCAGAGAGGUUCCCGUGCUCAGAGGUUCCUUUGGGCUCUGAGCCUCUCUCUGCAGGACAGGGAGCUCAGUGCUGCUCGGGGGUGGCUGCUGUUGCAGUGACCCCACACAGCCAGGGCAGGGCUUUAGAGGCUUGCUCAGACCUUUUGGGCAGUGGUAUUACGCGCUGUUGUUGCUAAUCCAGUGGAACAGUCUGUGCAUUAACAGCAGGGACACAGAGGCAGCCAGAGCUGAAUGGGCAGGGGCUCUUUUGGAAGCACAUUUAUUACUUUCUUAACUAAGUGUCCGCAGCGGAUUUUUUAGCUCUUGCGGAGAGUAAAAGUAAAAAAGGAUGGGCAGGUGGAUUUUGGCCCAUGUAUCCCUUCUGAUUGAAAAGUGAGGCUUUUGUAUACACUGCUUUAAUGAGUUUCUUUACUUUUACAUUAUUCUGACUGGUAUUAUCCCCUUCUUUAUUGAUAGCUCUAGAGAGAGAGAGAGAUACUAUGAUGAAGUCUAAUAGGAAAUGCACUGAGUACUGUUUCUUCUAAAAUAUAAUAUGGGAAGGGGUAUGCAAAAGAAUGUAUUUUUGCUAGUAGACUAACUUCUGAAAGAAACUAAGCACAAGGGAUUGAAACGGAUCCAACUAAUUCAGUAAGACAUUUAGAGUUAGUAUUUAACUGUUGAUGUAGAUUCUGUGUGAAAGCAACUAAAUAUUUCUUCUCUAACUCACAUGUGUCCUAAGCAGACAUUGUUGCAGAGUUUGUCACUGGCUAAUGGAGUAUAAUGAAGUGCAAAACAUAUAACACUAGUAUUAAUUCAUUAACACUUGUAAAUUUGUAAAGCCAAAUGUACCAAGCUGAAGUCUUUAAUCAUUUUUAUAGCUGAUGGCAUUAAACAUGUUAAACAUUCAUAUUAUCAAUAAAGGAUUUUAUUUUUAAGA